GUCGUCUCUUUGUUUCCGAUUGAUUUUUUUUUUUUGUAUGUAUCUCUUUUUCACUGCCUGAUUGCUCUUUUCAAUCUCUUCCUCUUCUAGGGUUUGGGUUGCUCUAUUAUGGCCCCUGAUGUCGUUGAAGACCCCGACUACGAGAGUGAUCCCGACGAAUUGAAUCGCUCCUUGGCUACACGGAGGAGAGAAGCCAGCGAUGAUGAGGACGACCAUGAUAGGCUUAAUAAGGACGACCUUGAUAAGCUGCCAGCCGAUCAACACAGUGCUGCUGUUGUCGUCGACUCUGAUAACAUACAAGAUGAUGAUGAGGAUGAUAGUUAUGAUGACGAUGACGAUGACGAUGGACAUGUUGAUGACCAUGUUGAAUACAUUGCGGAUACUAAUGACAAGACAAGUGCGGCCGGCAGCGAGGAUGACUCUGCCCCUGCUCUUGUGGAUGGAGAGGACCAUAAGAAGAAGGAACCUUUCGCAGUGCCAACUGCUGGAGCUUUCUAUAUGCAUGAUAACAGAUUUCAAGAAAUUGAUGCCGCCUCUAAUAGGCGAAUGCGUGGUGCUAGGAGGCUCUGGCAAUCCAGAGAUGAAAGAAAGUGGGGACAUGACAAAUACGAGGAAAUGAAUACACAGCAAAAGCAAUUUGAUAGGAGGACUUCGAGAGGCCGAGGCAGAGGUCGUGGUCAGGGUAGGGGUCAGGAGCGUGGACAUUCUCGAGGGAACAAUUCUAAAGAAUUUACUGGCAAUGGACACCAAAAUCAGCUUCCUAAGGCUGUCACGAGAGGGAGGGGGCCCAGAAGAUAUGAGGUUGCAUUGAGAAAUGGGAAUCAAGCACCUUCUGUGCAAACCAAACGGUCCCAAAAUUCGUCUGUGAAAGUGUCACACGUUAAUUCAGGGCGUCCACCAACAGAAACAGCUAGCAUGGAGACUGAAGCCAUCCAAGCCAAAAAGAAUGUAUUAGCUUCAAGUUUAAAUUCAGCUUCUCCUCCAUUUUAUCCUUCAGGAUCCUCCAAUAACUUGGCACAAAAGGAUUUACAAGCUGGCAUGGGUAGACUGCACAUUAAUGAAAACCCUACUCCGACUGGAAAGAAGUUUGGGAAUACAAAAUCCAGCUCUUUGUGGGUACCCACUGCUCAACCUUCUCAGACUACAAGUCAUGGUAGAGGUGCACCUCCUCAUGAGCUAGUGCUUUACCAGCAAUCUCCUAAUCAAGGUGACAAAGUUUCUCUGCCGAUGCAAAUCCGGGGAAUGCCAAAAGGCACUGACCAAAGCUGUACUCAACUUCCUGGUCAGGCUUUUGAUCAACAUUCGGCUGUUUUCAGUUUGCUGCCUUCUUCUCCACCAAAAACCGGAUCAUCAAAAAACCAGUAUCUUUCUGGUGAAAUAGAGUCAGCCGCAGAAACAGGUGCUCUGGUUGCCAAGGGAAAAGGGUCACUCCAGCCUAGUGGAAGGGGAUCUUUGAUGUAUGGAGGGACACAGUUUAUGGGGCCUGCCGGGAUGGCAGCUGGUCAUGGCAAUCCAAAUUUCCCUGCUUUUCUGCCUGUUAUGCAAUUCGGUGGUCAGCAUGGCGGGGUUCCCACCUUUGGAAUGGCUCUUCCAGGAUAUGUCCAACCAGAACACGGUACCAGAAAUCCUGAGAUGACAUGGCUGCCAAUUUUGGCUGCCCCCGGAGCAUUAGGGGGUUCAUAUUGUCCACCUUAUGCUGCCCUUGAUGGUUCUUACCAAGCACACAAACCAGGGUUACCUUCCUCUGCGGGAUCCUCCAGCUAUGAGAACAGUUCCAAUAAUCCUAAUGAUGAAGAGCCCAUGGAUAGACCUGAGGUUACAAACAAUGGGAAUUCGCAACGGUCAAAUAGCAACCAAAACAAGCAGCCUCGUAGAUACUCGGAGAUGAGCUUUAGCAAGUGAGUAAAGAAGAGUGCAAAGGAAGGUCCUGAUAGUUUGAAUAAGUGGAGUGAAAGGAGGGUGAGAGAGAAGCUCCUUAGCAGCAGCAGGCCCCUGGUGCCUCUCCAAGCUGCUUUAAGGAGCAGUUUGGGCUGCUAUUAUUGCCUAUUUUUAUUAGGUACGCAAUUUCUCAAGAACCAAAUAAAAAAGAGAAUAAGAAUAUGAAAGGUUU